UAUAUAAUAAUUCGUGGACUAUCACAAAUCACAGCUCUCUCAUCUUCUCAAUCUCUCCAUCUCUCACUUCGCUUUCUUUCUCCUUUCCUUCCACGUUCCUCUGAUCUUUCUUUCUUCCUCCACACAAUCCCAUUUCCCAUCAAUGGCGGAAGCUAACGCGGUGGAAGCGCAAGACGGAACCCUUUCUGUGGCCUCUGCAUUUGCAGCACAUCAAGAAGCUAACACCAAACCCGUCUUAUGUAAACAAAGGCGGUACUUUGCAACCAGAUCUGGUCUUCGUAUUUAUCAUGCUUUGCCUUUUGUUUUGAUUGUUCAACCAGUUGAACAGGAUAGAGAUCACAAAUUCUUAACAGAAGCAGUUGGAGAAGCUUAUAAGGGAGUUGAUUGUGGAGACGGCAGGCCAUUUGGUGCAGUUAUUGUUCGCGAUGAUGAAAUAGUCGUAAGCUGUCACAACAUGGUUCUAAAACAUACUGAUCCGACCGCCCACGCAGAGGUUACUGCCAUAAGAGAGGCCUGUAAGAAGUUGAAUCGAAUAGAGCUCUCGGACUGUGAAAUAUAUGCAUCCUGUGAGCCAUGCCCAAUGUGCUUUGGUGCUAUCCAUCUUUCAAGACUUAAGAGGUUGGUUUACGGAGCUAAAGCCGAAGCUGCCAUAGCAAUUGGUUUCGAUGCUUCCAUUGCGGACGCGUUGAGGGGCACUGCAUUUUACCAGAAGGCUCACAUGGAGAUCAAGAAAGCUGACGGGAACAGCGCGGUCAUUGCCGAACAGGUAUUUGAGAAAACAAAGUCGAAAUUUCACAUGCAUUGAUUUCACGAUUGCUCCCUUCUUGGUGAAACAUCCAAAACAAUUGAUUGAAGUCUUAAUUCUCCUUGUCAUUAUUA